AACAAAAACACUUCAAAGUGCUAAUAGCGAAUAAGAUGCGGCAUUUGUUUAAAGGUUUUAAAACCAUUCCAUGUUUACAAAAAUGUCUGGUACAACAAUAUCGACGGGCGCACAGCACACAAAAACCAACAAAUGAAGUGUUUGGUUCACAAUAUUGCAUAAAAUUGGUGGAGAAAAAUGAUUACGAAAAUUAUUUGUGCACGCUGCUUUUGAACGGCAAUCAACGGCGCAAUGCGUUUGCGUUGCGGGCAUUCAAUGUUGAGGUGGCCAAUUGUGGGUCCAAUGUGUCGGAAGAGCAUAUCACUAAAUUGAAAUUGAAGUUUUGGUAUGAUUCCAUUGAUAAAUGCUUUGCAAAAGAAGGUUCCUAUGUGGCCGAUCAUCCGGUUUUAAGCGAAUUGAAAAACACAGUUGACUCAAACAAGCUAAGCAAAAUCUACCUGAAGCGCUUGGUGACGGCGCGUGAUCGACCAACCAAUCAGCCAUUCCUUACAGUAAAACAAUUAGAAGAGUACGCCGAUCAGGUCUUCUCAUCACUUUUCCAUCUUUUAGUUGAAUUAAAUGGUGUUAAGGAUAUUCAAGUCGACCAUGCAGUCUCGCAUCUGGGCAAAGCGCAAGGUAUUGCAACGCUGCUUAGAGCCAUACCCUAUAAGGGACGCAGUCAAGCGUUGAAUAUACCGCAGGAAGUGCUGAUAAAACAUGGCGUUAGUCAGGAACGCAUAGUGAGAGACAAGGCUGAAGAUAAAGGUGUAGAGGAGUGUAUUUUUGAAAUGGCAUCAGUAGCUCAUCAACACCUGGAAAAGGCUCGCAAUCUCAUGGAUAAAGUACCGAAAGAUGUGCGUAAAUUUUUCCUGCCUUCCAUCCCCGUAGCGCGCUAUUUGGAACGUUUAAGAAAAGCUAAUUUCAGAUUAACUGAUCAAAACUGCUUGCGACGUGAUUCGAUGCUGCCGAUAUCGCUGUACUGGCAUAGCUUACGCCGUCGCUAUUAAAUAGUUAUUAAUAAAAAUAAGUUAUCGAGGCUCUUCACAAAAUUCGUCAGGUAUGAAAUGCCAAUUCUUUGCCAAAUCACGUAGAGAUUCGGCAAUAAGCUGACUGAUGAUUCGCAAUAUGAUACUGCAGUCAAAUACAUACAUAUAAAUGCCAUUGUGUGACGAAUUGUAUCGAAAAAUAAAAAAUGAAAUUGAAUUGCUGUAAGUUUCGAAAAUAAUCGAAGAAUAUUAAAUCUAUACUUGCGGUCGA